AUGGUGCAGGGGGACGAGGCGAAAAAACGGAGGAACUUCUUCCAAACCAUUUUUGAGCAGCAUGCCGUUCGGAAAAAAAAAAAGGCAAAGAUCAAUCUAAGAAUAGUAUACGGAUCGGAAGGGUCCAACAGCUACAAAAAAGCGAAGGGGUUUCUAAACGAAUUAAUACAAUUUUUCCAAGACAUAGAAAAUAUAUGUAACGAAGUAAACAGAAUAGUAACGGAGGAGGGAGGGAGCCACCACAUUUUCAACGGAAGGACAAACGAAGUGAGUCAUGGGGAUGACAAAUUAGUGAGCUGUUUUUUGGAGUAUUCAAAAUUGUUACAAAGGAGGAAUGAACAAACUGCAAGGAGUGGCAAAAACGACUCAUUCCAUGCAGAGGGGGUAAUAAAUCCUUCACAUGAAGCUUUACAACAAUUUCAUGAGAAGGAAAAAAAAUGUAGCGAUAAAUUUGUGAACUACCUAGACUGUUGUAUAAGCACCAAUGUCUGCACAGUCAACUUCGAUUUUGUCAAUGGCAACGAGUUCAACGAUUAUACGUUCUUCGAACGCACCAGUGAAUACGAUUUAAAUGUGAUGAUACUAUUUGUGAGUACAGCUAGCUAUGGUUCUUUCCCCAGGAAUUGCUACAAGUUUGAACAACUGUUGGAAGAUCUAUUUAAUGAUUUCCGAGUUGAAAAAGAUUUUUUAAAAAAUAUUUUUUAUACUUGCAUAGGGUUUGGGAACAAACAGUACGGAAGUACUCACUUCUGCUCACCUGUUAAGAAAUGCGACAAGUAUCUCGCCUACUUGGGUGCACAAAAAUUAUAUAAGACGUUAAAAUUGUGUGAUGAGGAAAACAACGAAGAAGCGUUUCUUAUGUGGAAAUGCAGUUUAUUUAAAACGAUCAGUUUGGGUCUCCUUUUCUACUGUUUUAAUUUCCCCCAGUUAUGCUCCUUCAUGCCGUAUGCAGACAGGAAGAUUUACAACUCCCUGCAGCAUUAUUGCUUCUUUUUUUGCGCAAAGGCGGACAAUAGGAAGGGGAGAGAUGAGGACAUCAGGUUGAGGAGCAGAACUGACGUGGCGUCGAUUGAGGUGCCACAGGAGGGGGGACAUUACAGCCAUGGGGUUGUUCAGAAGGGGGAAAGUCCUCCUACCAACGCGUCAUGCAGCACCUGCGGAGAAGGCACCAACCAAGGGUGCACCCCCCCAAAUGGUGACGAAUGGGAAGAAGUUCCCACCUCCGAGAAAAACAGCGAUGAUGAAAUGGUAGAAAAAAGUGCACUUACUACUUAUGGGAUAAAAAAAAGGGAAGAUGUGAAAAGUACAUCUCUCUGUAGCAGCGGUGACGAAUUGGAAGACCUCAUCCCGGACAAACCAAAAGAUAUGCUUACAUCCAACCAACGAAAUAAGCUAACAAAGGAAGGAUACAAAAUUAUCGGUUCCCACAGUGCAGUCAAAUUAUGCAGAUGGACCAAAUCACAUUUAAGAGGUCGAGGAGGAUGUUAUAAGCAUACCUUUUAUGGAAUCAAUUCUUAUCAAUGUAUGGAAGCCACACCAAGUCUAGCUUGUGCCAAUAAAUGCGUUUUCUGUUGGAGACAUCACAAAAAUCCUGUGGGAACUCACUGGAAAUGGAAUAAAGACGACGCAGAAAUGAUAGUACAAGAAGCACUUAAAAAACAUAAAGGGAUGAUUAAAGAAUUGAAAGGAGCACAUGGAGUUAUUAAAGAAAGAUUUGAUGAAGCAGUUCAUGUUAGACAUUGUGCCUUGUCCUUAGUAGGGGAACCAAUAAUGUACCCAGAUAUUAACAAACUUAUUGAUGAACUGCAUAGUAAAAACGUGUCAACUUUUCUAGUUACGAAUGCACAGUUCCCAAAUGAGUUGCAAAAAUUACACAAAGUGACACAACUUUACCUUUCGAUUGAUGCUCCUAAUGAAGAAGCUUUGAAGAACAUAGACAGGCCAUUAUUUAAAGAUUUUUGGGACCGAUAUAUACGGUGCAUUAAAAUUUUAAAAAAGAGAAAAGAAAGAACUGUAUUUAGAUUUACCCUAGUCAAAGAAUACAAUAUGAUGUCUGAAGAAAUUUUAAGUUAUUCUAAAUUGAUAGAAUAUGGUUAUCCAGAUUUUAUUGAAAUAAAAGCUGUAACUUAUUGUGGUUCCUCCGAUGGUUAUCAACUUACUAUGAAAAACAUCCCAUGGCAUGAAGAAGUAUAUCAGUUUGCCUUCAGUUUAAUACACUCUAAUGGGUAUCUUUCCGAUGCGUAUGAAAUUGCGUGUGAGCAUAGACACUCUUGCAGCAUUUUAAUAGCAAAAAAAGAAUUCAAAAUUAAUGAUAAAUGGCACACUUGGAUUGAUUAUGAAAUGUUUCAAUGUUUGGUGAGGCAGAAUAAAGAUUUUACCGCCGCUGACUACUGUGCCGAGACCCCCGCCUGGGCCGUCAUGGGUGCAGAGGAGCGGGGAUUCAACCCCUGCGAUGAGAGGGUCUACACGAAGGGCAAGAAAAAAAAUAAGCCACCCAUUACAGAG